AUGCCAAAUCUUAACAAGUCUUGGUAUCGUCGUGUCCAAGCCCGUACAAUUCCCGCCCUCCGUUUCCUUGUCAGACACUUCAUGAAGCUUUCAAUUCCCUGUCUCGGCCUUCUCGGGCUAGCCAGCGCACACCUAGCUAUUGUCGGCAGAGCGCCGCCGGGUCCGCUGUAUAAGGAGACGCCGCCAAGUCAACUUCUUGCCGAUGCAGUACGGAACGGCAUCCCAGGCUGGGGGCUGGCCGGGUUGCCCAAACUCCCUCAAGGAGGACCCAAGGCUCCAAUGAAGAAUAUGCCCGGGGGGUUGCCGGAGCUCCGUAAGCCCAAGCCAGGCAGUUCAGACUGGAGAACCGACACGCUGAAAGGGCCGAGAAAGAAGCCCGGCACCACGUACCCCAAGAGCUCGCCGUGCUCGAAGCGUGGUCUCUCGUGCCGCCUGCGCGUGCCCAAGGGGAUUGGCAAGGCUGCUGCAUUCACGAUUGUAGCGCCCUACGCUCGCGACAUUCUCGAGGUGGUCAGGGAGUGGGAUAAUCCUGUUGGGUACGCUGUAAAAUGGUUUGACGACGCCAUGGCGAGCCUCCAGGAAGCUAUUGGCGGACCCCAGCGUGACGAUAUUUACGGCAACGAGCUCAAGGCCAAGCUUAUUGAGUUUUUCAAGAGCGUGUUUAGAGUUUUUGGAGAGUCGACAUAUGACAUGCAUGAGCGCCUCCGUAAGGAGGCAGCCGCCAAAGAGAAGGCUCGUCGGGAGGAGGAGGAAAACGAGAAUCGGAGAAUCAAGGGCCUAGAAGAACUUGCGAAAAUAUGCGAGAAAAUGUACAACGGGCAAUUAGACAGUGCUGUUGCUACGCCCCAGCUCGAGAAUAGCUGCGAUAAGCUCGUUGAGCAUCUUGAGAAGAUUGAGAGCAUGGAAGAAGAGGAGGAGGAAACGCAGCCAGAGCGCUACGUCUGGUUCGGAAAGUGCAAGUGCAAUUUAUUUAGUCUCCCGCCCAGCGGUGACGAGUGCGCCCUGCAGUGUCGAGUCGUAUCCAUUAUAUUAUCACUGAACCCCCCAGCGCAGGAUAACGAGCCCGAACCAGAGACAGCCCCGGAGCCAGAGCCUACAAUGAAGUGUUCAACCUCGACUGGCGAGAUCGAGUGCGGGGGCGGCCAGACAACUCUAGAGCUCAAGACAGGACGUGCCAUCUGUUGGGGAUGCGGGUUUGCCUGGGACCCCGAGGGCGGCAGAUGCGUGGGUAAGACCGGGGAGGUCCUUUGGCCGUUGGGAUCUCCUGAGUCUCCCGAUGUUAUAUCAGAGCCAGUGACCAGCGGCCAGACAGUAGCAGAGCUGUGGACAGGACUGGCCGUCUGCAGUAUUUGCAGAGGCGGGUGGGAGGCGGAGAGCAGCACAUGCAAGACCAAGUCCGGGGAGCUCCUCUGGCCGCGAAAGCUGUCUCCCGAUUCUCUUUCUUCUAUACCUCCCGAGAUCUCGGGGACGUGUUCGGACUCGACUGGCGAAAUCCAGUGCGGCGGAGGGCAGUCACCAGCAGAGCUUCAGGCAGGAUAUGCCAUUUGCGGAGUUUGCGGGUUUGCCUGGGAUGUCGAGGGUGGUAAAUGCGUGAGCAAGACCGGCACGCGUAUCUGGCCGCCCCCGAAGCCAGAGCCAGAGCCACCGAGGAAGUGUUUUGACACCACUGGCGAGAUUCAGUGCCAAGGCGGGCAGACGGAAAAGGAGCUUGAGGCUGGAUUGACAGCCUGUAGAGUCUGCAGCGGUGCCUGGGACCCCGAAGGUGGCAAAUGCAGGAGUCAGAACGGAGCGAUCUUCUGGCCGCCGGAGCAGUAG